GUCAUCUGUAAUUACAGCAUCCUUCAUUUCACUUCAAUGGCCUCCCUCGUUGGUCGGAAUGGCACAAUCCACACAACAUACGAUAUCGUCACCCCUCCUCCUCAUCCCGGCAAGGGCUGGACACGUUUCGUCUGCAUUAGUGACACCCACUCAGCAGAGUUCCCAGUUCCUCCGGGCGAUGUCCUCCUUCAUUCAGGCGAUCUCUCAGAACUUGGCAGAAAGCCAGAACUUCUCAAGACACUUGACUGGCUUUCUGCAUUGUCCCACUCUGUCAAGAUAAUCAUCGCGGGAAACCACGACCUUUCAUUACACGAGGGGUGGUACGAGAACAAUCGCAAGCGCUUCCGCCGUGGUAGCUCGCUCACCCAGGACGAUGAGGAUGUUGCCGAGCUACGCGACAUCUUCAGGAAUAGAAUCAGGGAUGAUUACGGGAUAGUAUACCUUCAGGAUCAAUCGCACGCCUUCCGCUUAAGCAAAGAUGCCCGAGAAUGGACAGUCUAUGGGUCUCCGUGGCAACCAUGGUUCUGGGACUGGGCCUUCAAUUACGAGAAGGACGAGGCGGAGGACAAGGUGACGAAGAUCCCUGAAGUUGACAUCCUUCUCACACAUGGACCCCCGCACAAGAUGUUGGAUACAACAACCCGCGGCGAGUCAGCAGGUUGUCCUGAACUCCGAUGCCACCUAGGUAGCAUGCAGAGACCUCCACUGCUGCAUCUCUUUGGACAUAUUCACGAGGGCCACGGCGCUCUCGUGCAUGACUGGUCGAAGGAUGACAAGCAACUUGACAAAGGGAAUGCUUCCUCUACCAACCCAAACCCGCGAGAAACCUUAGUCGUGAACGCGGCAAAUGCACCAAUGGGUAAGAAGUCUCGGACACCAGAUGGCGAGCGCGUGCCCCCUGGAGGACCAGGAUUCCAGCCCGUCAUUGUCGAUAUCAGAGACAAUGCGCAUCGUUGAUGAGAGCUGAACCAUAGUGAUCCCGUUCGAUAGCUAGACACAGAGGGAAGGAGACGAUAUAUAGUCUAACAUCUAAUUAAACAAUUACAUAAACCAUGACACGAAACCCAAGUACGAAAACAUAGCCUAUAACACAACCAUGACAAGUCGGCGUCCCAUUAAAGAGUGGCGGUCUUAGUUCCUAGAAAUGUUGUCAACAGGUCUCUCAAGGUGUCUAGCACCAUUUAC